AUCGUAUGAGCUCCGUAACUUUUGCAUGAAACGUUUUUGCAGUUCAUAUAAGUUCGAAUAUUUGUAUUAAAUUUUUGUAAAAGAAUCAAUACUCGAAACUCUUCCCUAAAAUCUAAUAAUAUUAGUUUUCCCUGCAUGUUGAAUGCUCAGUGACAACAGAAGCAUGGACAGCAAGUUUUGUAGAUCUCUGGCUGUGAAACAAGAACACCAGAAAUCAGGGGUCAGGGAAUACUUGGUGAUUUAGAAAAAUUAGGCUAAUAGUCCGAUCAAAAGAAGACUUGAAAUGGCUUUUAUUGGUUCAUUGCAUAGAAGUUUAAGACCAGUGAACCGACUGAUUGCUGGUAGAGGCAUCAACAUUCAAGUAUCUACCACACUUCUCUCAUCUCUCCCUGGCACAAGAAGCAUAGUGUGUAAGAUGGAUGAGACAUUGUCAGACUUUGUUCACAAGAGCAUAAAAGUGAAUGCUGAAAUGCAGAAUUCAAAGAAAGGGCCACAGAAUAAUAAAGGCAGUGAGCACGGCAAAGGAAAAUCUGGGAAAUUUACAUUAAAAACGCCGAAGGGUACUCGAGACUAUGGUCCAGUGGAAAUGGCAGUCAGAAGACAAGUUUUUGAUAUAAUAUAUAAUGUAUUUCACAUGCAUGGAGCCGUAGAAAUUGAAACGCCAGUAUUUGAGCUUAAGGAAGUACUUACCGGCAAAUAUGGAGAAGAUGCUAAGCUUAUAUAUGAUCUCGAAGACCAAGGUGGUGAAAUUCUAUCCUUGAGAUACGACCUUACAGUCCCUUUUGCCCGAUAUGUAGCAAUGAAUAAAAUUUCAAACAUUAAGCGAUAUCAUGUAGCUCGUGUCUACCGUAGAGACAACCCAGCUAUGACUAGAGGCCGAUAUCGAGAAUUCUACCAGUGUGACUUUGAUAUUGCGGGGCAGUAUGAUGCAAUGAUUCCAGAUGCUGAAUGUGUACAGCUAGUUCAUCAAGUGUUAUUAAAACUCAACUUAGGGGACUUUAUCAUUAAGGUAAAUCAUAGGAAAAUUCUUGAUGGCGUAUUUGGUGCAUGUGGUGUUCCAGUUGAGAAGUUCCGUCCUAUUUGCUCAGCAGUGGACAAGCUUGACAAAUCUCCAUGGGAAGAUGUAAGAAAAGAAAUGGUAGAUGAGAAAGGUUUGGAUGGUAAUGUUGCUGAUGUUAUUGGAGAAUAUGUUAAGUUAUCUGGCAAAGAAGAGCUCCUAGAAAAGCUGAAGAAUGAUGCGAGAUUAAAAGAUUCAACAGAUGCUCAGGCUGGUCUUUCAGAUCUUACACUUCUCUAUCAGUAUUGUAAGAGCUUGUCUUGUGAUAACCACUUGGUUUUUGACAUGGGCCUUGCAAGAGGUCUUGAUUAUUACACUGGAGUGAUUUAUGAAGCUGUGUUAAUGGCUGGUCAGACUGCUAAAGAAGGUCCUGUAGGAAGUGUUGCUGGAGGUGGGAGGUAUGAUGGACUAGUAGGGAUGUUUGACCCAAAAAAGAAGACUGUGCCUUGUGUAGGUGUCAGUUUUGGCAUUGAGAGAUUAUUUGCCAUUCAUGAGCAAAAACAGCGAGCAGAUAAUGACAAGCUCCGAUCAACACAAACAGAAGUGUUUGUUGCUGCUGCAUGUAAAGGAAUGAUACACGAGAGAUUGAAAAUUCUUGGUCUUCUACAUGAAGCAGGAAUUAAAGCAGAAAGUAGCUACAAAAAUAAUCCCAAGAUCCUCAAUCAGCUACAGUAUUCUGAAGAUAAUGCAAUUCCCCUAGUAGUACUCAUUGGGGAGUCUGAAGUGCAAGAAGGUAUAGUGAAGCUUCGAGACACAGCCACACGUGCAGAAGUGGCCAUCAAAAGGGAAGAAUUGGUAACGGUUGUCAAGCAGAGACUUGCAAAUAAGUAAAUGUGUAAUGACUAUUUGUUCAGUGUGAGUUUUGUAAUAUAAUUUUAAACAAGUCCAUAUAAGCUGGAUAUAGCCAAAUAUUCAGCUUAUAACUACUAAAAUUUCUAAAUGUUCUGAAGAAAAAUUAUAAAAUUAAAGAUAAUGGCUAGUACAGUGGUCCCUCGCUUUUCGUAGUUCUCGGCAAUCGUAAAUUUCGCCAAUCAUAGGGGUAUUUUCGUAUAAACAUGGACUCGUUUUUCAUAGGUUGACUCGCGAAUAGUAGUUUGUCCGGGACGCAUAAGCACAGUGUGAGCCGGGGAGGAUUCCCUACCCAGCCAGUCUGGCAUUGUUUACCAGUGAGUGAAGGUCCCCUCAAGUGCUCCUACGAAAUAUUUCAUAAUAUUCCACUCAUUUUAGUGCUUGCAAGUACUAAAUAAGCUACCAUGGCUCGAAAGAAAGCUCCUAGUGCCAAGCCUGUGGUAUAGAAGGUGAGAAAUAUGUACAGUGACAAAGUCUUGGGCCAUUUUAGGGAAGUGUUAAAGAGAUGCCAGAAACAGAGCUCUCUACACAGUUAUUUUGUGAGACAGGACUCCAGUGACUCUCAUGCUGGUCCUAGUGGCAUUAAGAAACAAAGAAGAGAAGUAACCCCAGAAAAGCAAUUGGUACCUGAGGUGUUGCUGGAAGGGGAUUCCUCUUCCAAACUGUAAACAAUCCAAUCUCUCUCCUCCUCCAGUCUCCCAUACACUAAGAAGAACCUCCGAUAAAGGUAAGCGUUAUGCUGUUAAUUUUUCAUUCAUCAUUUCCCAUUGUAUUGUUUAUGUACUACAUGUAUAUUUCAUGUAAAAAAAUUUUUUGUUUUAAUACUUCUGGGUGUCAGGAACAGAUUAAUUGUAUUUACAUUAUUUCUUAUGGGGAAAAUUGAUUCGCAAAUCGUAAAUUUCGUUUAUAGUAGCUCCUCCAGGAACGGAUUAAUUACGAAAAACGAGGGACCACUGUAUAUGAAAUUCAUAAUUUAUGAAGUGAGGGUUUUUUUUUUCUUUGGUAUGGGUAAAAUUGUGGUGUUAUGUAGGUUCAGUUGAUGUGUCAUUGUGAACCAAGAACUGGUUACGAAGGCCAUCUCUUUAGUCCUUGGGUACAUAAAAAUAUAUUAAAUUUUUUUGUGUGUUUUCUAUAUUUAUUAUUAAUUUAUGAGUUGCAUUAAGGCUUUAUCAUUAAGGAAAAAUUUGUGACUACAAAAAUUCAGCAAUUUGUUGGCAACAGCUUGCUUGUUGAUUUUUAUUAUUUAUUUCUCUAUAGUUAUCAAUGAAAGAAAAGUAAAUAGUUCAUAUCUGGUGAAACAUUCCUCUUUGGUGAAGAAUCAAAUGCGAUUUAGAGCAUUAAUUUACAACAUAAAAAAACUGUAAAACACAUUUGUAGAUCUUAAAACAAAUUCAAGGAAUCUUUCAGAAAACCACCCAUAUCCCACCGAGGCAGGUUGGUCCAAAAAGAAAAACAAAGGUUUCUCUUAGUAUUAAUGUAUACAGGAGGUGUUACUAGCCCCUUGCUCCUGGCAUGUUGGUCACCUCUUAUGACUUCCAUAGGAAGAAUUCUGCUCCACUUUCCAAGGAAUAUGGUCAUUAAAUAUGAAAGUAUUCUGUGCUGAGGUUUAUCUACCUGCAACUAACUUUGUGGUUAUAUUUUUUCUUAUAAGUAGUAACAUCAGUGGCUUGCUCCAAAAUUUUGCCCAUAAGGUAUUUUUGUGUGUGUCACUGGCAGCAGCAGUUGAGCUGUUCAGGUAGUAGUUUAAAAACUCAUGAGCAAACAUUAGGACAUACAGUGGACCCCCGGUUAACGAUAUUUUUUUACUCCAGAAGUAUGUUCAGGUGCCAGUACUGACCGAAUUUGUUCCCAUAAGAAAUAUUAUGAAGUAGAUUAGUCCAUUUCAGACCCCCAAACAUACACGUACAAACGCACUUACAUAAAUACACUUACAUAAUUGGUCGCAUUCGGAGGUAAUCGUUAUGCGGGGGUCCACUGUAUUAGGAAAUGUUUUAACCCCUUGAUUAUAAUAGAAAAUGUUUUGGUCCUGGGACCUUAGUCACUUUUUUAAUGUGCCCUAAUGUUUGCUUAUAAUCUUUAAACUACUUGUCAUGUUCAGGCCUCAACAUUAUCUCAAGGAACAGAAUAACAUUGAAAACUGACCAUAGGUAUGCAUGUUUAAAAGUAAUUUCAUACUGUCUUUUUAAAGGUAAUACAGAUAGUUCAGAUAAUUUGAACUGUAGAGGAAUCUUCCAUGGAUCAAUAUUAUACUAUGACAGUUGACAAGGCAGUUAAUUUACCCAGUUUUAUGUAUUAUUAUUAUUAUAUUGAAAAUCAUUAAUAAAAUUAGAAAUCAGUUAUACCAUUUUUUACAAUGAAUCUUAAAUAAAGAUUUUUCAUACAA